CUAACAGAGGAGCUAUUUCUCGCUUCAUUGUUCGAAACAAACAUAAAAUAAAAGAAGCCCCAAAUUCUCGCACACCCCCUGAUAAAAAGCACUGGGAAAAACCCAGUGAAUGCUCCGUGUGAAGAAUCCUCUCGUUUUGAAGGUGUGAGGAAAUUCGGUGGAAUUUAGUUUCCAUGGCUCCGAAGCUGCAGCAGCAGCUGAAAGAACUGGGAUCGAAGUUGAAGAAUCCUCCAGCUUCGAAAGACGCUCUCAUUAAGCUCUUGAAGCAAGGUGCUACAUGCCUAUCUGGGUUAGAGCAAUCACCACCAAAAUCAAUACUGGACUGCAUGCAGCCUUUCUCGAAUGCAAUCGCCAAGCCAGAGCUUUUGAAACAUCAAGAUCGAGAGGUCAAGCUUUUUGUAGCUGCAUGUAUAUGUGAAAUAACUCGAAUAACUGCACCUGAGGCUCCAUAUGACGAUGAUGUUCUAAAGGAUAUUUUUCAGUUGAUCGUGAGUACAUUCAGUGGCUUAAGUGAUACAAAUGGCCCUUCAUUUGGAAGGAGAGUUGUUAUUCUUGAAACUUUGGCAAGAUACAGAUCAUGUGUUGUCAUGCUGGAUCUUGAAUGUGAUGACCUCAUAAAUGAAAUGUUCAAUACUUUCUUCAACGUUGCUAGAGACGAGCAUCCUGAGAAUGUGUUGACUUCUAUGGAAACAAUUAUGAAGGUUCUGUUAGAAGAAAGUGAGGAUGUACAAGAGAACCUUUUAAUUACAUUGUUGUCAGUUUUCGGCCGUGAUAAGAAGGAUGUUACCUCGGCUGCGAGGAAGCUAGCUAUGAGUGUGAUAGAGCAUUGUUCGCGAAAACUGGAACCUGGCAUAAAGCAGUUUCUCGUGUCUUCAAUGUCUGGAGACAGCAGCGCCCUGAAACAUGAAAUUAAUUACCAUGGUGUACUUUAUAAUAUCUACUGCUGUGCACCUCACGUUUUAUCAGGAGUUGUUCCUUAUCUUACUGGAGAGCUACUGAGUGAUCAGUUGGACAUUCGUUUGAAAGCGGUGGGUCUAGUAGGUGACCUCUUUGCUCUGCCUGGAUCUAGUAUUUCUGAGGAAUUCCACCCAGUCUUUUUGGAGUUUCUGAAGAGGCUAACUGAUAGAGUGGCGGAGGUCAGAACGUCUGUCCUUGAGCAUCUCAAGCUUUGUCUUCUCGUGAAUCCUUUCAGAGCUGAAGCUCCUCAAAUAAUCUCUGCGCUUUGCGACCGGUUGUUGGACUAUGAUGAAAAUGUUCGUAAACAAGUUGUCUCUGUGGUUUGUGAUGUGGCAUGUCGUGCUCUCACAUCAGUACCAGUUGAAACUAUCAAGCUGGUCUCGGAACGCCUUCGGGACAAAUCUCUUCUGGUUAAAAAGUAUACCAUGGAGAGGUUAGCUGACAUAUAUAGAUUAUCGUGCAUGAACCGGUCUGAUGGCUCAAUAGAGAAUGAUGAAUAUGAUUGGAUUGUUGGGAAGAUUUUGAGGUGCUUUUAUGAUAAAGAUUUCAGGUCAGAUACAAUCGAACCCAUCUUAUCUCUAUCCUUGUUCCCAUCUGAUUUCUCUGUCAAAGACAAGGUGACAAAUUGGAUUAGGAUUUUCUCUGGGUUUGACAAAGUUGAGGUUAAAGCUCUCGAGAAAAUACUAGAGCAGAAACAAAGGUUACAACAGGAGAUGCAGAAGUACCUUUCCCUCAGACAGUUAGCUGAGGGAGGUGAUGGAGGCGAGACGCAAAAGAAAGUGAUCUUUUGCUUCCGCGUUAUGUCUCGGUGCUUUAUUGAUCCUACAGAAGCAGAGGAGAAUUUUCAGAUUCUUGACCAGUUGAAAGAUUCCAAUGUCUGGAAACUUUUGACUCAACUUCUUGAUCCAAACACUGGCUCUCUUCAAGCCAGUACUUUACGGGGUGAAUUGCUGAAAAUCCUUGGCCAUAAGCAUCGACUCUACGAGUUUCUGAGUGCUCUUUCCUUGAAAUGCUCUUAUCUACUUUUUGACAAGGAUCAUGUGAAAGAAAUCCUUAUCGAGGCCGGUGUACAAAAGUCUUCCGGAAGUAAUGAGUUAAUUUUGGCCUGCAUGACUAUUCUUGUGAUUCUAGCUCGAUUUUGUCCUUUGCUGCUGGGUGGGAUUGAAGAAGAUUUGGUACAUCUUCUUGAGGAUGACAAUGAAAUUAUAAAGGAAGGUACUUUACAUAUUCUUGCAAAGGCUGGGGGAACUAUCCGAGAACAACUGGGUGUUUCAUCAAGAUCAUUAGACCUUAUUCUUGAGCGCAUAUGCAUCGAGGGCAACAGGAGGCAGGCGAAGUAUGCUGUGCAUGCACUUGCCUCCAUCACAAAAGAUGAUGGGCUCAUGUCACUGUCUGUUCUUUACAAGAGGCUAGUUGAUAUGCUUGAAGAGAAGGCGCAUUUACCUGCUGUACUACAGUCUCUUGGUUGCAUUGCACAAGCUGCUAUGCCAGUCUUUGAAACAAGAGAAAAUGAGAUUGCAAAGUUCAUUAAGGAAAACAUACUGGAGAAUGGACAUAUAACAGGAGAUAAACCACCCGAUUGUUGGGAUGAUAGAAGUGAACUUUGUUCUUUAAAGAUAUUUGGGGUUAAAGCUCUGGUCAAGAGCUAUUUACCUGUCAAGGAUGCUCAGCUUCGUUCUGGAAUUGAUGGCUUAAUUGAACUACUGAAGAAUAUACUCUCUUUUGGUGAUAUCUCAAGAGAGAUUGAAUCAAGUUUGGUUGAUAGAGCUCAUUUGAAGCUUGCUGCAGCAAAAGCCGUGCUUCGUUUAUCAAAGCACUGGGAGCACAAAAUUCCAACUAAUGUCUUUUACCUCACACUGAGAACUUCAGAGGAUAAUUUUCCUGAGGUAAAGAAACUAUUGCUCAACAAGAUUCAUCAGUAUGUGAAGGACCGGAUUCUAGACCCUAAGUAUGCUUGCGCAUUACUGCUUGAUAUUUCUUCUCAGCAUCCCGAUUUAGAAGAGAACAAACGCAAUCUGAAUGACAUAAUCCAGAUGUGUCGGCAAGGAAGGGGACGACAAAUUUCUUCACAGACUGAUGGAAGUUCUCCCACACUUUAUCCAGAAUACAUGCUUGCAUAUGUGGUUCAUUCCCUUGCUCACCAUCCCUCAUUUCCUAAUAUUGAUGAAUGCAAAGACGUCAAAGCCUUUGAAUCUAUGUACAGGCAGUUGUAUUUGUUCCUGUCUAUGCUGGUGCACGGAGAAGCAGAUGGCAAAUCUGAUGUCAGUAUAAGCAAGGACAAGGAAACGCUUUCAUUGUUGAAUUCAAUUUUUCUAUCUAUCAGGCGCUCAGAAGAUGCUUUCGAUGCAGCUAAGUCCAAGAAUUUGUACGCUCUGUGCGACCUUGGCAUGUCAAUUCUGAAAAGGUUAGCACCAAAACAAGAUGAUCUUCAAGGCUCAAGUGAAUCUGUGACCCUACCUUCUGUGCUUUACAAACCACUUGUCAAGAAAGACGAAAAUGACUUGCUGGUUGGUGAAGAGAAGACAUGGCUGGCAGAUGAUGGUAUCUUGGCCCACUUUGAAUCACUUGAAUUGGAAGAUAAUGGAAUUGUUAAUUCAGUGCUUGCAGAGGAUGAUAUCAUGAAGGACAGUGAAACUGAGGGCAGUGAGAUACCAUUGGGGAAGUUGAUGAAACGACUAAAAGCUAAAGGAGCAAAGGCAAGAAAAGAGGUGAAGAAUGAGCACUCACCAACUGGAGGGGCAAAUGAAAAUGAUUUUGAUAUCUUGAAGGUGGUGAAGGAAAUAAAUUCUGAUAAUCUGGGUACAGCUGGCAAGUUUGGAUCAAGUAAUGGCCGUGAAUAUGCUCAGAAAAAGAGAAGCAGCCAUAAGCUUCAGAAGGGGAAAACACUAUUUAGUGAAUCAACGGAUGUUCCCGUGCCGAAACGUAGGAGGACAUCAUCCGCUCAAGCUCACAAGUCUCGACCAGCCAGUCCUUCGAAGGGUUCUAGGAGGCCUACAUAUAUAAAUCAGGAGAAUAUUAAUGCUGGCCUUGAAAAAAUGGAUAAGGAGCUUCAAAAUAGUUCAGGAGAUCAACCUGUGAAAGAAAAAAUGUCUGAAUCCGCUGAGUCUGACCUUUUAGUUUCAUGUAUUGGGAAGAAAUCCAGUUCCUCCUCUAAGCAGAAAGGCAAACGUUCUGCUGAGGCACUCAAUCACUCCCCUAUCCCCAAGAAGCAUAAUAAAGUCAUCGAAACUGAUAGCAUGCCGUCAAUCAGCUUUUCCAAGUCGGCAUCUGUGAAGAAGCAAAAACAGAAAAGUGUUGCUGGAUUAGCCAAGUGCACAACUCCGGACAAUGGAAGUUCUGCUGCUGACUUAAUUGGUUGCAGAAUAAAAGUUUGGUGGCCGAUGGAUAAGCAGUUCUAUGAGGGUGUGGUGAAGUCAUUUGAUACGCAGAAAAAGAAGCACGUGAUAUUAUAUGAUGAUGGAGAUGUCGAAGUUCUACGAUUGGAAAGGGAACGCUGGGAGCUUAUUGAUAAUGGUCAAAAGUCUGAGAAGCGAUCUGGUUCAUCAAAGGGCUUUCGUCCUAAAGGAGGAUCGUCAGGGCAGAAGAAGAAAUUGAUUGGAGUUUCAGAAAAAGACAAAAAAUUGGAAGUGAAAUCUCCAUCAUCUCAAGUAAGAGGGAAAAGAACACCACGCAAAAGUCCAAAACAGAGGCAAAAGGACCUGUUGAAGAGUGACUCCUCUAUGGAAAGUGGUGAAAGCCCAGACGUUCCGCACCCUGAAUCUACCACAAAGCCCAUGGUCAACGAUUCGGACUCAGAGAAGGAACAGAAUGUAAGGGUUGACAAGAGUGUGUCUGAUGAGGAGCUACUGAAGAAGGACGUGAAACAAGAGGAAGCUGCUGAGAAAGGGUCGGCUGAAGCAGAAGAGCCGAAAGAGGACGAAGAUGACUCUGAAAAUACUGAGAGUGAUAAAGUUGGUGGCUCUCCACUUAAAGCUGAUGCGUCAGAUAAUGAAGCAGCCUCGUCUUCAGGUGAGAAGCAGCUAGAUGAGGCCAAAGAAGAAUCUGAUAGGGAGGCUGACGAAGCAAACAACAAUGGUAGCUGCCAACAAGCAGCUUUAGAUAACCCUGAGAAGAAGACUCCUGCUUCUGAUUCUUUAGAUGCCGAGGUUUCUGAUGACGAGCUUCUGAGCACAUGGAAACGACGUGCUGGAAAGAAAUAAGGGAUAGCAUAUAGUUCGGAAGCUUAUGCACUUUGAUGAUUGUGAUUCAGCAUCCGAAAUUAGUGCAACAAGCUGACUGCCAGAGAGAUACCAUUGAACUGUUGACCGGAAUAAAUUUGUGUUGACGUGCUGUAGAUCGUUAUCACCAUAGAGUUAUAGCAUACAUGAUAGACUUUCCGUUUCGUAUAGUUUGCUGUGGGUUAUAGUAAUUUGACCUUUUGUAUGUUUAAAUUAAGAUCUUGUGUACAGCUAUAGAUUGUACUUACCAUCUUUGUAGCUCACCUCCCUGAUGUGUAUGUUUCUAAGUUAUGGUGGGCUAUAUUAGUUAGUUCAUGUUAACAUGUUUCCUAGAAAUGUCUUUAAGAGUAGCAUCUGCUCGGGUUAAGUUGAAUAUGCAUAGGCUUAUUGUUGA